UUGUAAAACUGGGGACAGAAAAAGCCGGGAGAGUUUCUUGGGGAAUGACCCCCCGAGCUGAGCCGCAGGUGGGGAAGCGGCGGGUUUAGACGGAGCCGGAAGGAUCGAGGCCGCUGUCGCAGCUGCGCUCGCCUCAGGGCCGGUGUCCGGCAGGAUGCGGUGUCAGGCGGCCUCUCCCUGCCGGCGCGGCUCUCUCCGCCCGCACCUGCGAGCUCUUGUGGUCAUUCAGCCCUCUGUGAAGGCUGAGGUGGAAGAAACACUGAAGCGAAUUCAGAGCCAAAAGGGAGUGCAAGGAAUAAUUGUUGUUAAUUCUGAAGGUAUUCCUAUCAAAAGCACUAUGGACAACUCCACAACAAUUCAGUAUGCAGGCCUAAUGCACAGUUUCAUCAUGAAGGCAAGGAGCACUGUACGAGACAUUGAUCCCCAGAAUGACCUCACAUUCCUACGGAUCCGCUCCAAGAAAAAUGAAAUCAUGGUUGCACCAGGUAAAGUGAGUGGGAUAAAGACUACUUCCUGAUUGUCAUCCAGAAUCCAACUGAAUGAUUGCACUAACUGGGUCUGUUUUUGUUUUUUUUUUUUUUUUUUCCUUUACCCAACUUUUUUAAUUUAAUAGCUAAAGAAUAGAGCAUUAGUGUUAACUCUAUUGUGCCACUUCAGUAAUGUCUGGAAAAACAAAAGCAAGGUGUUUUCUUGCUUACUAAGAGGAAAAAGGAGCUUUUUCCUCCCCUUCUUCUUCCCCCCCUCCCUGGUAUCACAAAAGUCAUUUUGAGGGAGAUUCUGUGAAAUAGAAUCAGGUGGCUUAGGCUGUCAAAAGUGCAACUUUUUAAUAGUUAAGAUAGUGUAAUAUUCUAAUAAUGUUCUAAAAAAGACUAUUCCUUGUAUGUUUCCAUAUUCCUGUCACUGCUGUUUGAGAUAUGCUUUUACACUAUUGCUUUUGAAUGACUGUAAAUAAGAAACUUGCUUGUCUUCAUGUUCUCUCUUACCUUGUUGGUUUUACAUGUUCUUUUUUUUUGAAGAAGAAGAAGACGUUUGACCAUAUCAAAUUAAAGUGUCAUCAGUGA